GUGACCCACACAAUGGCUGAAAGCCUACUCCAGGCUUCCCGGCAACGCCGAAUGAAAGCCAUGACCGCCGCCGCCGGUGCGGCGGGACGAGCCGUAAUUCUCCUGCUGCUGUGCGCCCUGCUGGCGCCCGGCGGCGCGUACGUGCUCGAUGAUUCCGAUGGGCUGGGCCGGGAGUUCGACGGCGUCGGCGCGGUCAGCGGCGGCGGGGCAACUUCCCGACUUCUAGUGAAUUACCCAGAGCCUUAUCGUUCUCAAAUAUUGGAUUAUCUCUUUAAGCCAAACUUCGGUGCUUCUUUGCAUAUUCUAAAAGUCGAAAUAGGUGGUGAUGGGCAGACAACAGAUGGCACCGAGCCGUCCCACAUGCACUAUGCAUUAGAUGAGAAUUAUUUCCGAGGAUAUGAGUGGUGGUUGAUGAAGGAAGCUAAGAAGCGGAAUCCUAAUAUUACACUCAUGGGGUUGCCAUGGUCAUUCCCUGGAUGGCUGGGAAACGGUUUCAACUGGCCUUAUGAAAACCUGCAGCUGACUGCCUACUACGUCAUAACGUGGAUUGUGGGUGCUAAGCAUUAUCAUGAUUUGGACAUUGAUUAUAUCGGGAUUUGGAAUGAGAGGUCAUUUAACAUCAAUUAUAUCAAGGUUUUAAGACAAAUGCUGGACUAUCAAGGUCUCCAACAUGUGAAAAUCAUAGCGAGUGAUAAUCUCUGGGAGCCCAUUUCUGCUUCUAUGCUGCUUGAUUCCGAGCUCUGGAAGGUGAUUGAUGUUAUCGGAGCUCAUUAUCCUGGGACCUAUACAGUAAAGGAUGCAAAAUUGACUAAGAAGAAGCUUUGGUCUUCUGAAGAUUUUAGCACUUUCAAUAAUGAUGUGGGUGCAGGCUGCUGGGGUCGCAUAUUGAAUCAGAAUUAUAUCAACGGCAAUAUGACUUCAACAAUCGCUUGGAAUUUGGUGGCUAGUUACUACGAACAGUUGCCAUAUGGGCGCUGUGGACUGAUGACUGCUCAGGAGCCAUGGAGUGGGCAUUACGUGGUAGAGUCUCCUAUCUGGGUAUCAGCUCAUACCACUCAGUUCACUCAACCAGGUUGGUAUUACCUGAAGACAGUUGGCCAUUUAGAGAAAGGAGGAAGCUACGUAGCUCUGACUGAUGGCUUAGGUAACCUUACCAUCAUCAUUGAAACUAUGAGCCAUACACAUUCUAAAUGUAUACGGCCACUUCUUCCUUAUUUCAAUGUGUCACACCAAUUUGCUACCUUCGUCCUUAAGGGUUCUUUUAGUAAAAUACCAGAGCUACAGGUGUGGCAUACCAAGCUUGGAAAAUCAUCUGAGAGAUUUCUUUUUAAACAACUGGAUUCUCUAUGGCUCCUGGACAGCAAUGGCAGUUUCACCCUUGAACUGCAAGAGGACGAGCUAUUCACACUCACGACGCUCACCAGUGGUAGCAAAGGCAGCUAUCCCCUGCCUCCCAAGUCCCAGCCCUUCCCACGUAUCUAUAAAGAAGAUUUCAAUGUCGAUUACCCGUUUUUUAGUGAAGCUCCUAAUUUUGCUGAUCAGACUGGCGUGUUUGAAUACUUCAUGAACUCCGAAGACCCUGGAGAGCACCGCUUCACACUCCGCCAAGUUCUCAAUCAGCGCCCCAUUACCUGGGCUGCCGACGCGGCCAGCACGAUCAGUGUUAUAGGAGAUUACAAAUGGUCCAAUGUGAGGAUCGAGUGUGAUGUUUACAUAGAGACCCCUGAAAACGGAGGUGUGUUCAUUGCCGGAAGAGUAAAUAAAGGUGGUAUAUGGAUUAGAAGUGCCAGAGGCGUUUUCUUCUGGAUUUUUGCAAAUGGCACCUACCGAGUUACAGGUGAUCUAGCUGGAUGGAUCAUCUAUGCUUUAGGAAAAGCUGAAAUUACAGCACAGGAAUGGUAUACACUCACUUUAACUAUUAACGAUCAUUUCUCCUCUGGCAUGUUGAAUGGCAAGCCUCUCUGGACCAACGUCCGUGUGAAUUUCCCGAAGAAUGGCUGGGCCGCGAUUGGAACCCACUCCUUUGAAUUCGCACAGUUUGACAACUUCCAUGUGGAAGCCCACCCUGAUAUGCACAGAGCACCAUAAGACGCUCUUUGGAUUUUCCUUCUUUUGGGUUUUGGUUCAGAGCCAAUUCUUGUUUCGAUGGAUCACUACGUGAGCUGUUUGGAGGCUAAAAAUAAUGAAGAACAAAUGGGGAGAAAAACAACACAUUUUUGCUUGAUCCUGUGGGAGAUUUUUUUUUUUUUAGAACUAAUUCCAAGGGGAAACAGGUGAGUCUUUGAUGUCCCCUAGCAUUCACACUGUGCACUGGUCCGUCCUUAGGGUGGUCCAGACCGCGAAGCCUGUGUUAAUGCUGGGUGUAGCUCUCGCCGUCUUAUUUGCAAGUGAUCAUGCAGAUGCAAAUAACGCGGCAUCACAGAGAUGCGUGUAUUAAUGCUGACGUGUGUCUAAGUGAGCUGAUUACAUUCUCGUCUUCACGUCAUGCUGCUGUACCAGGAAGCUGAGGAACACUGGAAGUGCUGCUUUUUGAAAACCACUUCAACAUGUUAUUCUAAAAAUACAUUCUAAAAAGUAUUUUUUCUUUUCCUUUUUAAGAUGAUGCUUUUGAACUAUAGAUAUGAUGAGUGGGAUGAUUUGAAAAAAUGCCUCAUUCAUAAACUACCUCUAAAGCUAUGUCUGCAAUAAUAAAUACUAGCAGAUUAAUUGGGCUGUCUGCAUUUUUAAAUUGUUUUGGAUGCAAUUUUUAGUAUUAUAAUCCUUCUAACUCUCUAUGAACAUUCACCCGGGUGGCUGGAAGAAGAAAAUCCCAUAUAGCCAAUGCUGUAAGUAGAUCUAAAGAUGAAAUGAUAGCAAUUUUCUUGUCUCAUUUUAUUUUACCUUUCAUGGUCUGUCUUCUCGUAUGUCACUGGUAACAGACUAAAAUAGCUAAUGAAUUCUUUUAUCUCCUUGUACGUGGAAGAAGGGGAACACUUAGCUAUUUACUAGUUCAUAGAAUUGGAUCAUCUAGUAUUUGGUUUGGUUAGAUGCAUUUAUUUCAUUAAACUACAAAUAUAUUUAAGUAUGGGUGAGCAUAUUUCUCAUGCAGUAUAAUUUAUGUUUAAGAAUUAGAGUACCUCCUAGAAACAACUCGAUGAUUCCUGUGGAUAAAGUAAAUUCUGGAAUUCUUUAUAAUGAAAGUUUAAAACUUCAAUGAACUAAUUCUUCAAUUUUGGAAUUUGUAAUGGUUUAACAUAGGCUAAACUGGUAUGAAGUUUUGUAUUGCUAUUAAACGCUAGAAAGUAAAUAUUAAAAUAAAUUAGAUUACAGAGAAAAAUUUUAAAUUAAAACCAAGUCUGAGUGAUUUCCAGUUCAGACCCCUACAUAUAUAUAUUUUUAAAUUAACUUUCCUGAAAUAUAAUUUACAACAAUAAAGUGUUCUCAUUUUAAGUAUACAGUUCAAUGAGUCUUGAUAAGUGGAUACAUCCAUGUAACCAACACUCCAACCAAGAUAUCAAAAAAAAUUUUUUCCAUCACUC